AUGGAAGAGCAAGUCCAACAAUUUGCAACGGUUAGGGGAAACAUAACAGCAUUACUCGGGGAGUCUAAAGGUGAUGGUCUACUUCAAAAGUCCAUGUACAUCUUCAGCAUUGGAAGCAACGACAUCAUGGAAUACUUAUUCUCUCCUUUGAAGACUAUGACUCCCGAGCAGUUUGUAAUCAACCUUACCGACGCCUAUGCCAUCCACCUAAAGAACCUAUACAGUAUGGGGGCAAGAAAGUUUGGAAUAUUAAGUAUUCCACCAAUCGGGUGUUGUCCAUUUGCACGUUUUGUGUCUAAUGGGUUCAAAGACGUCGUGUCAGCAUGUUGUGCCGAUAAGACACCAUUUGGAUUAAGUGAAUGCUUGAAAGGAGUGCACCUUUGCAAGUAUCGGGAUGAUUAUUUGUUCUGGGACGCAUUUCAUCCAACUGAAAAAGCCUCCAAAUUGGCAGCUACUGUAGUGGUUUCUAGCCAAGAUCCAGCUUUUGUGUCUCCCAUAAAUUUUGGCAGUUUGAGAAAGGCUUGA